AUGGAGGAACCAGAGGUAAAGUCAUACCUUGAAGGAAAUGGUGUUAAUUGGAAGUUCAUUACACCACGGGCCCCCUGGUCUGAAGGCUUUUAUGAACGCCUUGUUGGUGUUCUAAAGGGAUGUUUGUCCAAGGCCUUGUAUCACAAACGUGUAUCCUUUGAAGAGUUGAGAACUCUACUUGAGUUUCAAGCUGUGAUAAAUUCUCGACCACUGACUUAUUUCUCCUCUGAUCGAGAUUGUGAGGCUUUGACUCCCUCCAUGUUACUUUAUGGGCGAAAUGUUUGUAUUUCCCCUCCUCUUAACAAUUUAGCAACUGAUGACCCAGAUUUCAUGAGUUCAAGUGAUCUUAGAGCACAAUAUUUUAGAUUAUCAUCAGUGCUAAGAAAAUUUGAGAACUCUUGGAAAAGAGACUAUUUAGUGUCCUUGAGAGAGAGACAUAAUAAUUCUAGUAAUAAUCUCUCUGCAAAUGUGAAAGUUGGGGACAUAGUGAUGGUAGACUUAGAAGAUCAUCUGGGUAAAGGCUAUAGAUCCCUCCUCUCAUUGGGUAAGGUUACCCAGCUGUUCCCGUCGUCUGAUGGUGUGAUUAGGUCUGUAGAAGGGAGAGUGAAUAAUAAACUAUACAUGAGAUCAAUCACAAAGCUCGUACUUCUGGAAUUAUCCGAGAGGGAAUUUGAUAGUGUUGUAACUCAGGAGCCAGAUAGUGUGCCUCUGAAUGGUACUAGACCUCGGCGUGCAGCAGCAAUUCGCUGUGAUCAAGAGAGAAAGGAUUUAAUUUCUAUGGAUGUACUCUUAAAUGUAUAUUUGAUUUAA